GCACGGAUUAGGUCCUUUAUCAGCUGAUUAUCUGCAACCGACUUAUGAUCAGCUGCAAAUAGAGCUGUACCAAGGCUCAGUCACUCAAAGAGACGCUCGCCUGAGAGGCUUUGAUCUGGUGACCUGCAUAGAGCUGGUUUCAGGGACAGGGAUCACAAGUUUGAGUGGAACAGAGCGGAGUUCAAAUCCUGGGCUCUAAAGGUGUGCUUUGAAUACGGCUACGACGUGGAGUUCACCGGCGUCGGCGAGGCGCCACCAGGCCAGCAGGACUGUGUCGGUUUCUGCACCCAGAUCGGCGUGUUUCACCGCCGCAGGGGCAGAGAUCACUGCGGUGCGUUACCUGGCGAUGGCGGAGAGACAGUUUUUCCUUAGUGUGAAGAGGAGGUGGAGGCUCUCAUGGACUAUAGUGGAAGAAGAGACGACAAGGAGCUGCUCUGGACCAGUGAUCCAAAACAACCAGAGUUCGGCACAUUAAACAAUGUCGUCUCUGUGCCCCUGGCUGCGCUGUGGUCCUGCUGUCCCAAAGUCGGCGAGCUGAGCGGAAGUCUGGGAAAUCUCCGACAUCUGCUGAUGGAUGAGCCUGAAGUUCAACUGAAUCAGGAUGGAUCUGCUGUACUUGUAAAAUAUCAAGAACAAGGUGGAGAUUUUAGGAGUCCAGUACAGUCAUUAAGGAAGCAAAAUGUUUGUCAAAAGAAAGUCUGUAAAAGAGAACACUUGACAGUGUUAUUACAUCACAGAACGUCACUUUACAAGAGAUAAAGUUUACAGUUUUAUACAGACAACAGCUUCACAGAAGAGAAAAAGCAACCAUGUUUGUAACAUGUUAGGUACCAACAUAAACACACCUGUGUCCCACAGGUAAACAAAAACAAAAACAUAGAUUAUUCCAAAGAAAAAAGGCCCCCCAAAAUAAACCCUUCUGACUUCACAUUUAGUAGCCAGAAUUAAUACGCUUAAUACUAAAUAACUCUUUGAACAGACACUUUUCAGACAAUAACAUUUAUCAGAAAACAUCAACAACAAAAGAUUUAAAAAAGUGAUAUUUAAAUAUGUAUUUUUUUUCCUAUGUUGGACUUUUAAACGAUUAAAAACUGAAAAUUACUUUAUACAGUAACACUUGUGCAUGUUAUCUGCUUUAAAUGAAUCCUUACAAAAUAAAAUGAGUUCCUUCGGUGUAAAAAUAGAUUAAAACAUAAAAAUAAAGAAAAUAAAUAACGUAAAGAUCUCCAAAUAUGAUGGGUGUUGCUUUAAAACAGACAUAACCAUGCAGAGGCUACAAACAUAAAACAACAGACAGUUAAAACACAGACUGAUAUGGAUUUAAUAUGUUUAAAGUCGAUCUAGAUGAGGCAUUUAUUUAAAAUCUUACAACAACUUAUGACAGGAGAUUAGAGAUGCUGUACAGUCAGUUGUCACUUUUCUAAAACUCUCAGCUUUAUUCUGACACGGAACAGUGGGUUGUGCACUUUGGCUUGUUUGUUCUUCAAAGUUAAGAAAUUAAACUUCUAAGACGCUGGUAAUGCAGAUUAAAAAAAAUACAAGAGCCGUUGUAUUUUUUUUUGGCAGUGGGUCACUUAACUAGUCCUUUGCCGUCAAAUUAUGCCAUAAACACUGCAGAUUAUGCAUCAGAUUCACAAAAUCAUUUGUUCAUUUGAUCAACAGGCUGGACUGGAGUGAUGAAGCACAUUAGCAAACCAUGAAUACACAAUAUUUAGACAUCUAAAACUGCAAAAAUCUUUUAUAACUCAAAUAUUUCUU